CCGCUAUUGUCCAUCGCUCUCUGCAAGUUGUUCAUCCAAGAGGAUCGUUUUUAACGCCACGUUUGGCACAGCUCCUCAGCAAUCGAUUUGGCUCUCAACUUGAGCCGGCGUUCAACCAGCCUGUUUACGGAACUCGGGCCUUAAAGAGGCAAUCUUCUACUUUGAGCAUGCGAUACUGGGGUAUUCAUGCUCUUUGCAGUCGAGUUGCUGGUCUUCUUUUCCCGCAGUCUGGAUUCCAGCCUUAUUUCAACUUCCAGGCAGUCAAAUCGACGAAUAUUGUGCUUGGGGGCGGUGUGAAACGGGGGAAAUCAUGAACAACCUUGAGUCGAGUUGGCCAUGAUGCGAUGCAUGAUCCUGGUGGUCUUUUGUGUUUUGUCCUGGAUUAGACCAAUCAACAGUUCUAGCUGUGAAGCAGUCGUGAAAAAUCUAGAUUCCAGGAAGACAGUCAAAACACCAUAUCUAUGUCAUUCAACACUUCGAAGCUUGACGCCGGACAUACAGUACUUACCCUGACCUCGUUGGUCGGGCCGACAACCCAGAACACCUUAUUCUUCGUUGAUUCGACCAUAUUCGCCUCAUGCAAUUACAUACUGUCUGUAGAGAAAAACACGUUUUUAUAGAUGAUCGCUGUGUUGUCUUCAUAAUCUUGAUGGGUUGCGCCACAAUGUUCGCGCACGUGUGAACCUUUCUCUCUUCUCUCUUCUAAUACAUGUCAUUAUGCCCUCUCUGGUUUACGCUCUUUUAUCAAUGACUGUACUUCAUACUACAGCUGCUACUUCAAAUCCAUCCACUCCUUUUACUCAAGGCGAGUAUCAAAAAGGUUCCAAACUUCCCAUUACUCGAGUCCAGAAUGACCAGCUCCGAUUCCGCCGUUCGCAAAGUUCGAUGAUGCUUUCUAAUCAGAACAAAUUCUCUUACCUUGUCCCGAUUCGGAUUGGCGGGCAAUCUUUUCCAUUGAUCUUGGACACUGGUUCUUCAGAUUUAUGGGUCGUGUCGGAUAAAUGUUCCUCAAAAGACUGUUCUUCGGUUUCACGAUAUUCUCAACCAUCGUCUAAGGACUUAGAAACUCUGGGAACGCCAUUCGAUCUUUCAUAUCUCAAAGGGUCAGUAUCAGGAGUUGUCGCCCUUGACGUGGUGUCAUUAGGAUCAUUCGAGAUCAGACCUCAAGUCUUUGGGCUCGCCGACGACAUCAAGGACAUGAAUCUGGCUGGUAACGGGCACUCUGGAAUUCUCGGUCUUUCUUUCCCUUCGGAAGCGUCGAUCUCUCCCAACGUUGCCCCAACGGUACUGGAGAACAUCUUUAAAUAUCUGGAUGAACCCUAUUUUGCCAUCAAACUCGGAACUAGCCCUGGACCUAACGAUCCGACCUCCUCUUUGACCUUUGGGCAGCUGGAUGAGAAAUAUGCGUCCCACCUUUCUGAAUUUUUCUUCACCCCUGUUUCCACGGCUGGUGCAAGUGGCUACACUUACUGGAAGGUUUCUAUUCAAACUUUCAUCGUCGAUGGACAACCCGUGCAAUUAUCACCGUCUACCGUCCGUGGAGUACGCGACACACAAAUCGCAGUUGUCGACACCGGCACCACACUUAUCGUGGGUCCUACUAGUGACGUCGACGCGAUCUGGGGAGCGACUGGUUCCGCUGCUAGGUAUAACACUAAUGAGAAGAUCUGGGAGGUACGUUGCAACAAGGCCGUUGACAUUCGGCUUGUCUUGGGGAACAGGGACCGUCAUGUAGAGCUUCCCAUCGAUUAUGAGGAUGUCAACUGGGACGAAGGUGAACAUGAAAGUGGAUGGUGUAUCGGGGGGAUACAAGCCAAUGACGACGUCGGUUCUGGAGACUGGCUACUUGGAGAUGCUUUUCUUCGUAGCGUCUACACUGUCCACUUCAUCGGAAAUACGACACAUCCACCCUCCAUGGGCUUCUUAGGAACCGUCGACCGUAACGUCACAUACGAACAAUUCCGAGCGAAGCGGGGGCCCGACUUGGAUCAAUCGUCGCCGCCGCCAGCGAACAUUCAGGGCGUACUAAGAACACCAGCAAGGCCUGCGGCGCCGAUUGUUUAUAGUCUAGGAUCUGCUGGAGGUUUCAUUGGCGGAGCGGCAGCGAUGACGGCGUUUCGUAUGCGGCGUAGGUUUCUUGCUGGAGGUCUGUGAUGUUGCAAAUGAGGCCGAUGGGUUCUCUGCAGCUUUCUAUAAUGCCAAGGUCCGACUUCCGUUGGUGUAUGCUCUUGAUGGGUAUGUAAUACAAGAUCAAGUUUGAUUACUCUCAGAGACAACGUGUUCCGCUGAUCCUAGGAUUGAACAUUAAUCAAGGGAUCGAUACAGUAGACACAGGAAUAUGAAUUUUGCCCUGUUUGCUCAUCGAUGCCCGCCUCAUUCGCAAACGCCGUCCUUACUUCAAGUGGUGUAUGUAAGGGACCGUGGCCACAAAGUUCUAUAUCCACGGGACUAGUCACCAACAUUGGCUGAAUAGGCACAUCACCAUCUGAUUAAGGGCCUUCUAGUGCAGCCUGUCCCAUCUUCUCUGGCACGAUCCGC